GGCCCCGCUUCGAACAGCAUGUUUCACCAUUUAUUACGCGUGAGGAGUUAACGAGUAAACCAGGAGUUAAUCUUCUCCCACGGUGUAAAAAUCAACAAAGAAAACGUGAUAAAAAGUGGAGACGGAGCAUCGGAGUUGUGAAGCCUACAAACUUUAAGGUCGCUUGAAGAAAAGGGGGAAAAAAAGAGGAAAGGAACAGAAACCCUACUUCCUCGCGCUAUGGAUCUGCUGAAGUUUGCCAAGAAGGUCUGGUGCGUCCGUAAGGAGCUGAUUCUCCUCAUCACACCUGGGCUGCUGCUCCCAUUACUCUUCGUUUUGCCAGAAAAGGAGGGUAAAUGUCUAUAUGUGGUGCUCUUGAUGGCAGUAUACUGGUGUACAGAAGCUCUCCCACUAGCUGUUACUGCCUUACUGCCAAUCUGCCUUUUUCCUACAAUGGGUAUUCUACCCUCCAAGAAGGUCUGUCCUCAAUACUUCCUAGAGACUAACUUCCUCUUCUUUAGUGGCCUAGUAAUGGCAACUGCAAUAGAGGAGUGUGGUUUACACAGACGUAUCGCCCUCCGAGUGCUCAAGAUUGUUGGCGUGAAACCAGCCUGGUUGAUUCUGGGGAUGAUGUUAACAUCCUCAUUCUUGUCCAUGUGGUUAAGUAACUCUGCUACGACAGCCAUGAUGUUGCCUAUUGCUAACGCCAUUCUGGAAAGCUUGUUUGGAGACUUGGAAACACUUAAGGAGAGGUGCAAGGUCACAGACGACCCUGAGGUCCAGUCUCAGGUGAAGCUGCAUGUACUGCUAGCUGAAAAACACACUCUGACUGCAGUUGACAGGGCUGAUGGAAUAGAGAAGAUAGAGCCGAAAAGUCCGGAGGAGGUGAGGAAUGAGGCAGAAUACCAGCUGAAAGUGUGGAAAGGAUUUCUCAUCUGUAUCCCCUACGCAGCCAGCAUCGGGGGAACGGCCACCCUCACAGGAACCGCACCCAACCUCAUUUUUAUUGGACAACUAAAGAGUUAUUUUCCAGACUGUGACUUGAUCAACUUUGGCUCAUGGUUCAUCUUCGCUUUCCCACUAAUGAUCAUUUUUCUUCUGGUAUCAUGGAUCUGGAUUGCUUUCCUGUAUGGAGGAAUCAGCACAAGAUUGUGUAAAAACAAACUUGAUGACCGUGCAGCUGCUGAAGCUAAGGCCAAUGCGGUCAUUGACGAAGACUACAAAAAACUAGGACCCAUGAGUUUUGCAGAGAAAGCCAUCUCCUUCUUCUUCAUCCUAUUCGCUAUCCUUCUGUUCAGCAGAGAUCCAAAGUUUGUCAAAGGCUGGUCAAUAUUCUUCAAAAAAGACUAUGUGUCAGAUGCAGUUACUGGAGUCAUCAUCAUCUCCAUCCUUUUCUUUUUUCCGUCCAAGUGUCCAUCACUGCGUUGGUGGCUGAACACUAAAGCCCCAAACACUCCAUAUGUGCCUCUGUUGUCUUGGAAAAGAGUUCAAGAAUGUUUACCAUGGAACAUCAUCCUUCUGUUGGGUGGAGGCUUCGCAAUGGCUAAAGGCUGUGAGGAGUCUGGUCUAGCUGUGUGGAUCGGAGGACGCUUGCAUCCACUAGCUAAUGUUCCCCCUCCAGUAGCCGUGAUUCUCAUCACAGCCUUCAUUGCUUGCUUCACAGAGUUUGCCAGUAACACUGCCACCAUUAUGAUUUUUCUUCCAGUCAUUGCUGAACUGGCCAUCCAUGUGGCAGUGAACCCUCUGUACUUCAUGAUUCCAGCAACUGUAGGUUGCUCUUAUGCCUUUAUGCUUCCUGUUUCCACUCCACCCAAUUCCAUCGCAUUCGCCUCUGGACACCUCAUGGUUAAAGACAUGGUGAAGACAGGGUUUAUGAUGAAUAUUCUGGGGAUUAUGUGUGUAUCUCUGGCUAUGAACACAUGGGGACAACACAUGUUCAACCUAAACACCUACCCAGACUGGGCUAAACCUCUAAACUCCACAGAAAUUACGGUAGCAGUUGUUAACAUUACUGGAUAGACAUAUUCACGCACUUUAAUAUAUAGUUUAAGUCUAGCUGCUAAAAUAGGUUUUGUCAUAUACCCUAUACAACAUUUACUGCAACAAUUAUUACUGAUAACAAAGAAGGUCAAAAUGAAGGCAUAGCGUAGAUCAUUUUUGUCAGUAGAUAUUUAUUUUCCCAACUAUCAUAGAACAUUUAUAGAAUAGUAUUUAGUAGGUAAAACAUUUAUGAUAAUUUGGUUAUAGUUAAACAACCGAUAGCAUUAUGGUAACUUCUACAAACAUUAUGGAAGCAUAUAUUAAAAUGCUGCAGGAAUAUUGUAUGAAUGGCUGCUAAUAUUAAUAUUAAAUAAAACAUUAUCAGAACACCCAGAAACCUUGACAGAAUUAAAAGAUGUGUAUGUCAAGUUUCAUAAAUAUAGUAAUCUAUUUGAUCAAGCAGUGGAUAAACUGUGAUUUUCCUGUGAUCAUGUUCAUCUUGUGUUAUUUAUCUCUUUCAUACUGUAUCACGUGCAUCAUUGUUUUAAUAUAGUGCAAUAUAUGUUGAUCCGCCAUAGCAUUAAAAAAAAAACUGACAGGUGAGUUGAAUAACACUGAUAUUUCCUUAUAUUGACACCAGUCACUGGAUGGGAUAUACUGUAUAGGCAGCAAAGUAAAAAAAGAGUUCCUUUUUUGAUGCCUCCUAGUGUAUUAACCUAAAAUCAACCAUGACUCAAAAUGUUAUACGUUAUAAGUGUAAAUCCAGUGUUAAGCUAUGCAAAAGAAAGAUUUUGUUAUAUAUAUAUAUUUUAAUAUUAGUCUCUAUACAGUAAGGCAUAUUUAGUCUAUAAAACCAUUGAAAACCUCUUCAACCAAUACCCACCCAAUAAAUAAUGUGUUUAUUUUUCUGUAUUGCAAAAUAAAAAGUUAAAAGUAAGUGUUUUUUUGGGGGGGGUUGCAAUAUAACAACCAAAGUUUCCAGUAUUCUAUGGACACAAAAAUGACUGUGAUGUAGCUAGCUUAUCAGCCUAGCAAAUAUGGUGUGUGUGUGUGAUUGUAUAUAAUAUUUUUCCACAUCUUAAAAUAUUAAUGCGCCAAUCAGGUUUAAAAAACAAAAGUGUUAUGAAAUGUUUUUUUUUUUUUUCAUGAAUCUUGUACAUGGUUCCAUGUUUUACUUCCUUUUUAAAUGCCAUCUCUUUCCCAAUAUGCUGACUCAAGUCAGUGUAAAUGAGAAUGGAUACAUAAUUUACACAAUACUGUACUGUACUGAGUAAUAUAUAAGUAACAUCAUUGGAUGUGGCCAUGGGUGUGUGAUUGUUAGUAAUAUAGCAUUCGCUAUUCAACAGUAGGAGUACUGCAUGAAUCACUGACCACUGAUUACCUUACUACUGAUACAUAAAAAAAAUAAUUUUACACACACAAUCUGAUGAGUUUUUAGCAUUUAAUUCUUUAACUAUAAUGCAACGUUUUUUUUACACAUAUGGAAUGUAAACUGUAUGUAAAACCUGUAUAGAGUUGUAUAUAAAGGAAUAUGUGCUGUAUAGCACACAUCUAUAUCUAGGAACUUGUUAAAAUAUAUAAAAGAUAAUGUGUUCAUAAUUUUUGUUUAUGUAGAAUUGACCCUUUUUAAGUUUGCAAUUAACAGCCUUAAUGUGAUUUUUUUUUUUCUUUUUAAAUUGUUUGUUUGUAAAUUUAAUGCAGUGAUGAGCGAGUGUUUUGUAGGGACCCUGGGAUAAUUGCAAUUGCAAACUUAUGGUCAAACUGUAUCUUGAUGGUACAAACAAAUAUUUUAAAACUUUUGAUUUUGUUAUGCACUCUAGAUGAUCACAUUUGCAAAGCCCUUGAAAUUUAAUGUUGAGGAACAUUGUUUUUAAAGUAUUCCCAAAAAUCUUUCACGCACUGUAUUACAGAUUGGAGAACCUUUGCGUAUCUUUACUUUUGAGAGACGCUGCCUCUCUAAGACAUCCCUUUCAUAGCUAAUCAUGCUAUAGACAUGAUGCUAGAUGUUUUCCCAGCUGAAUAUUUUGUGCUUUUUCCGCCCUUUGUUGCCCCUGUUCCAACUUUUUUGAGCCCUGUAGUAGGCAUCAAAUUUUUAAAUGGGCACAUUUAGUGAAUAAAAGUGUAAAAUUUCUCAUUUUAAACAUUUAUUUUCUCUAUGUUCUAUUGUAAAUAAAAUUGGCUUGUGUAAUUUGAAAGUCUAUUAUUUUUUAUCUUAAAAAAAUUAAAAAAUUAUCAACUUUUCCGGAAUUUUGGUCGUUGUUAGCUAGUUAGAUUUGUUGAUUUAUGUUGUAUGUAGCACCUUGGUCCCAGAAGAACAUUGUCUCGUUUUAUUGCAUACUG